CGAGAUAGGCAGGGCUAGAGAGACCUAUCACUCGGCGCCACACGGCCGGAAGUGCCUGGCCCGGGACAGAGCUGGUGCAACAAACUUCCGGUUCUGGUCUCCUACUUCGUGCUAGGGCGCAGACCGCGUCAAAACCGAGCCCGCUGGUCAGGAUGAUUACAGACGUGCAGCUCGCCAUUUUUGCCAACAUGCUGGGCGUGUCACUCUUCUUGCUUGUGGUUCUCUAUCACUACGUGGCCGUCAACAAUCCCAAGAAGCAGGAAUGAAAGUGGCGCUUUCUCCGCCCCAGGGUUCCAGGAAAUAGUCUGAGGCAAGAUGGAGGGUGUGAGGGGCCUUCACACUUCACUCCAUCCCUUCUACCCAGCACAACAUGUAAAGCAACUACACCUGGAUUUUUCCAAACAACUUUUAUUUCCUGAAAGUCUUCCUUAACCCUAUGGAACAAGAAGCUGCCACUGAGUAGGGCCCAGUAUAGGGGCUUUCUUUUCUACUCCCUCCCCCCGAUAUAAAAAUAUAGAUUUUUUUGUGGUC